GUUCUACACGGACCUAUUUCGGAGAACUCCUCUUGACUUCCUGUUUUCACUCCGAAGCAACAACGUGGAUACAGUGCUGUUUGCCGGUGUGCGGUAUCUGUGUUAUGUGUGACCAGAGUCUCGUUUGCCCCACACAAUGCAGAUAUCCAGCGUGAAUGACGUAAAGAUUUACAAUUUAAGCCACGGAAAGUCCCUUCCAGAGUGGCUGUCCGAUCGUAAGAAGAGACAGUUGCAAAAGAACGAUGUCGACAUCCAGCGCAGGAUUGAGCUCAUCCAGGACUUUGAGAUGCCCACGGUGUGCACCUCUAUCAAAGUGUCGAGAGACGGUCAGUUCAUCCUGGCAGCAGGCACGUACAAACCCAGGAUCCGCUGCUACGACACCUACCAGUUGUCCCUGAAGUUUGAGCGCUGUCUUGAUUCAGACGUUGUGGCUUUUGACAUUCUGUCUGAUGACUACUCUAAGUUGGUGUUUCUGCACGCUGACCGCUACGUGGAGUUCCACUCCCAACACGGAAACUACUACAAGACGCGUAUACCCAAGUUUGGGCGGGACUUUUCUUACCACUACCCUUCCUGUGACCUCUAUUUUGUGGGCUCAAGUUCCCAGGUGUUCAGACUGAAUCUGGAGCAAGGGCGCUUCCUCAACUCCCUUCAGACAGAUGCUGUGGAAAACAAUGUGUGUGACAUCAAUCCCGUCCAUCACUUGUUGGCUACAGGAACCUCUGAGGGCCGGGUGGAAUGCUGGGACCCUCGCGUUCGGAACCGAGUGGGCACACUGGACUGCGCCCUGAGCAGCUUCGCGGAGGGAGCAGAAGUGCAAAGCUUGCCCUCGAUUAGCGCGCUGAAGUUCAAUGGCUCCCUCACCAUGGCAGUGGGCACCAGCACAGGACAGGUGCUGCUCUAUGACCUGCGCUCCAGCCAGCCACUGCUGGUCAGAGACCACAACUACAGCCUGCCAAUCAAGUCACUCAACUUCCACGAUCAGCUGGACCUGGUUGUGUCCGCUGACGCUAAAAUCAUAAAGAUGUGGAAUAAGGACACAGGCAAGGCCUUCUCCUCCAUACAGCCUCAGACCAACAUCAACGAUGUUUGCAUCUACCCCAACUCAGGUAUGCUCUUCACCGCCAAUGAGGAUCCCAAGAUGAACACUUUCUACGUCCCGGCCCUGGGCCCUGCACCUCGGUGGUGCUCCUUCCUCGACAACUUGACAGAGGAGCUGGAGGAGAGCCCGGAGAGCACCGUCUACGAUGACUACAAGUUUGUGACCCGGAAGGACCUGGAGAAUCUGGGUUUGUCUCACCUGGUGGGAUCAUCUCUCCUGAGAGCCUACAUGCAUGGCUAUUUCAUGGACGUCCGGCUAUAUCACAAGGUCAAAAGCAUGGCCAAUCCAUUUGCAUACGAGGAGUAUCGCAAGGAUAAGAUCCGCCAGAAGAUUGAGGAGUCCAGGACCCAGAGAGUGCCGGUUAAGAAGCUGCCAAAGGUGAACAAGGAGCUGGCCCUCAAGCUGAUGGAGCAGGGCGAUGAUGAGGCAGCGCUGACUACCAGGAAAAAGAAGGGCAAGGCUCUCCCCAGCGUCCUGGGAGAUGACCGCUUUAAGGUGAUGUUUGAAAACCCGGACUACCAGGUGGAUGAGCAGAGCAUGGAGUUCCGCCUCCUCAACCCCAUCGUCUCCAAGGUGGGAGAGAAGAGGCAGAAGAAGCUGCGUCUAAUGGCCCAGCAGGUGGCUGCUUCCCAAAAGGCGGACGAGGAGGACGAGGAGCCCGAGGGCCGAGGUAGCUCUGAGGAGGAGAGCUCGGACGACGACGACAAGGGCUGGGUGGAGGAGGUGAGGGAGCAGCGGAGGCUGAUCUGGGAGGAGGGUCAGGACCGCCGGAGGCAGAGGAAGGAAGGGGACCGCAACACCGUCCUGCUGGAAAAGGACCAGAGCGCGGGAGAGAGAACCUCAAACAUGGCCACAGGCGAGAAGACAAGUCGGCCUCAGUAUUAUCAGAUCAAAGCAGGGCAGGAGUUCAGAAGCUUUAACGACAUGGCCCGCAAGCAGAGACUGCAAAAGACUUCUUUGGAGGACCGUCUGAAGAUGGAGGAGCACUCAGGAACCAGCAACGUAGCCGACACGGCAGUCGGCAGCAAGCAGCUGACGUUCACUCUCAAAAAGUCGGAGCAGCAGCGGAAGCAGCAGCAGGCGGAACGGGAUCACCACGAAGAGAGGAGGAAGCUGAGGCGCUCGGCUGGGCACCUGAGCAGCAGCCGCGGCGGCAGGGGAAGAGGAGGAGGGGGAGGCAGGGGAAGAGGAGGAGGAGGAGGGGGAAGAGGAGGAGGGGGAGGCAGGGGAAGAGGAGGGGGGGGAGGCAGGGGAAGAGGAGGAGGCGGCAGAGGCCGCUACUGAGAGGGGGGGCGGUGGCG